AUGCCUCCAAAGCUGCAACCCACCUCAGGUGCCUUUGCCAGUGAAGCUUCUUCUGACGAAGGCCUUGCCAACCAGAAACAUAAAGGCUCAAAAUCAAAUUUUUCAAGGUAUAACCAGUACAACCAAAAUAGCCAGUCUAACCAAUAUGCUCAGUAUGGUCAAUAUAACCAAUACAACCAACACAACAGUUUCUAUCAAAACCAGGCUUUUAACUCUGCUACCAAUUACAACAGCUAUGGAACCAGUUUGGGUUAUCAAGCAGGUGGUGUUAGACAGGCUCCACCACAAUCCUAUCAGGCCUAUUUGCAACAACAACAAGCAGCUCAGCAACAAUUGAACAGUCCUGUUUCCAAUAAUAAGAAUAAAAAAAAUGACAAGAAAAAACGCUCCAAUAACCAAAAAUAUCAAAAUAAAAUUGAUCUUAACUACUCUUCUUCUGAACCAAAUAGCAAUUUAAAUUCGCCCAACCCAUCUACUGUCUCAUUAACCUCUUUAAAUAAUUCUUUUGCUAAGCUUGAAUUUUCGCCAAUUUCUCAAUCAAUUAACGAGUUCAAAACUGUGAAAUCUCUUACAGAAGUUAGAAAAAUCUCAAACGAUGUUGUUGAAAAGUUCAUUAAUAAUGAUACCUCAUCAAAUAAAUUAAACUUGAUAAACACUUGGGAUGUUGAAAAUAUUUUGAAAACAUUAAGUAAAAACAAAAACCCAGCAUUAGUCAGAGAAUCUGCUAUAAUUUUAUUACAAACUUUAAUCAAAAAAUUGAGCUCUACCACUCCUAAUGAAUUAUAUUUCUUAAAAUUUCUUCAAUAUCCAUUGGAUUCAUUAGCCGAUAAAGAAAAUAGUAUUAAAAGAUCUGCUCAAACAACUCUUGAUUUGAUCUACAACUUGUUACCAAUUCAAACAUUAUCAAGUGUUUUAUUGCCAAUUUUAUUAAAGUAUUUAAGCUCUUCUGCAAAAUGGAACUCUAAAAUCGGUGCUUUAAAAUUGGUAAAUAAAAUUAUCACCGACUCUCCUGUUGAUUUAUUAGAAUUUCAAUUUUAUGAUACAAUCCCUGUAUUAACUGAUGUAAUGACUGACUUUAAACCUGAAUUAGCCAAAGAAGGUCUUAAAACUAUAACCAACUUUAUUAGUAUUUUAGAUAAUUUGGAUUUGAAAAAUCGUUAUGAAAUCAUUAUUGAAACUUUAGGUAACCCUAAAAAGGUGCCCGAUUGUAUAAUGACUUUGUCUUCCAUCACUUUUGUUGCUGAAGUUACAGAACCAACCUUAUCUCUCUUGGUUCCAAUUGUUUAUAAAUCACUUAAUUUGUCUGGUUCUUCUCAAGAACAAUUGAGAAAAACUGUUGUCAUUACUGAGAACUUGACAAGAUUAGUGAAUAAUAAAAGAGAAAUUGAGAAAUUUAUUCCAUUAUUAUUACCAUCAAUUAAAAAAGUUGUUGAUACUGCUUCCUUGCCUGAAGUGAGAGAAUUGGCUUCAAAGGCUUUGAAAGUUAUUCAAGACGCUGAUAAUGAAAAAUCUGAUAAUAAAUUCCAUGGUGUUAUUGGAAUUGAACAAACUUCAGAAAUAAUUCAAAAUAGAUUUAAAACCAAUUCAAAUCUUUUGUCAUACUUAUCUACGAUCAUUAUGUUUGAUGCUAAUGUAAAUGACUGGCAAAGAUUGCAAACUUACUUGGAAGACUUGGUAUUUAAUUCAGAAGAAUCAAAAAAACAAUACAUUAAUUCUAUUAUUUACAAAUUAAGAGAAAUUUUCCACGUUCCAGUCAAAUCUUCUGGAGACGACGGUAUUGAAAUAGUUAACUCAGAUUUUUCAUUGGCUUAUGGUAGCCGAAUGUUAUUAAAUAAAACUAAUUUACGUUUAUUGAAAGGCCAUAGAUAUGGUUUAUGUGGAAGAAAUGGUGCUGGUAAAUCAACUUUAAUGAGAUCGAUUGCCAAUGGUCAAUUAGAAGGUUUUCCUUCAAAAGAAGAAUUAAGAACUUGUUUUGUUGAACAUAAAUUGCAAGGUUCAGAAGCAGAUUUAGAUCUUGCUUCUUUCAUUGCUCAAGAUGAAGAAUUGGAAGGUAUUUCGAAGGAAGCCAUUGCAAGUGCCCUAGCUGAUGUGGGAUUUGACGAAGAAAGAAGAGCUCAAAAUGUUGGAUCAUUGUCUGGUGGUUGGAAAAUGAAAUUAGAACUUGCUAGAGCAAUGUUAAUGAAAGCUGAUGUGUUAUUGUUGGAUGAACCUACAAAUCAUUUAGAUGUUGGAAACGUUAAAUGGUUAGAAGACUACCUUAAAGAUCAUACUGAAAUCACUUCUUUGAUUGUUUCUCAUGACUCUGGGUUUUUGGAUAGUAUCUGUACAGAUAUUAUACAUUAUGAAAACAAAAAAUUGAUUUAUUACAAAGGAAACUUAUCAGAGUUUGUUAAAGUCAAACCUGAAGGUAAAUCGUACUAUACUUUAUCUGAUUCAAAUGUCAAGAUGGCUUUCCCACCACCUGGUAUCUUAACUGGUGUUAAAUCAAACACAAGAGCUGUUGCCAAAAUGACUGAUGUGACGUUUUCAUAUCCUGGUUCUGUCAAACCAUCUUUGAAAAAUGUCUCUUGUGCCUUAUCUCUAUCUUCUAGAGUAGCAAUUUUAGGACCUAAUGGGGCCGGUAAAUCUACUUUAAUAAAAUUACUAACUGGUGAAUUGGUUCCCCAGGAAGGUAAAGUCGAAAAACAUCCAAAUUUAAGAAUUGGGUACAUUGCUCAACACGCUUUGCAACAUGUUGAACAGCACAAAGAAAAAACCGCCAAUCAAUAUUUACAGUGGAGAUAUAGGUUUGGUGAUGAUAGAGAAGUUUUGUUAAAGGAAUCACGUAAGAUCGGUUCUAAUGAAGAAAAAAAAAUGAUGGAACAUGAAUUCGAAAUUGAUGAUGGUAAGGGAAAAAGAGCCAUUGAAGCAAUUGUUGGUAGACAAAAGUUGAAAAAAACAUUCCAGUAUGAGAUUAAAUGGAAAUUUUGGUUGCCCAGAUAUAACUCUUGGGUUUCUCGUGAAAAAUUAAUAGAAGAAGGUUUUAACAAGUUGGUUCAAAAAUUUGAUGACCAUGAAGCAUCAAGAGAAGGUUUGGGUUAUAGAGAUUUAACUCCAUCUGUAAUUAGAAAGCAUUUUGAAGAUGUUGGUUUAGAUGGUGAAAUUGCUGAUCAUACCCCACUUGGUUCUUUAUCUGGAGGUCAAUUGGUCAAAGUCGUUAUAGCUGGGGCUAUGUGGAACAAUCCUCAUUUGUUGGUUCUUGAUGAACCUACUAAUUAUCUUGAUAGAGAUUCAUUAGGUGGUUUGGCUGUUGCUAUUAGAGACUGGUCUGGAGGUGUUGUUAUGAUUUCACAUAACAACGAAUUUGUUGGUGCAUUGUGUCCUGAACAGUGGAUUGUUGAAAAUGGAACAUUGGUGAAUAAAUCAAUCGAAAUUAUUGACGAAAAUAGAUUUGAAGAUGGUGGUCAUGGAAAUUUGGCAAAUAGAGUUAUCCAAGCUAAGAAAACAAUUGAAAACGAUGAUUCACCAGCUAAUAUUAAAGUAAAAAAGAAGAAGAAGAAAUUGACAAGAAACGAAAAGAAAGCAAGAGAAGAAUUCAGACGUCUUAAAUACAUUGAAUGGUUAUCUAGUCCAAAGGGCACACCCAAACCAGUGUAUUCUGAUGAUGAAGAUUAG